GUUCUAAGUGGGCUGUGGUUGCUGGGCAUUCGUAUCGUAUCGGACGGGAAUGUUGUCUGGACUCCUUACCUCGUCUUGUUGGGCUUCAAAAGGAUUCCGCUGGCCGAAAAGGUUGUGAUCUCUUGUUGACAGUAAUUUUCUCCCUCUUUCUCUACCUCCCUCGAAGCAUCGCCAAUUUUUCUUUUUCUUUUCCCAACCCCAAUUGCAACACAUCAAAUCGUUCGAUUUGUCCCUUGUCAAUUCCUUCUCUGCACCACUGCACCAUGGCUUCAGUCCAGAAUGCCCCGCAGGAGCCAACAGCGCAGCAGCUGUCCGAGCUCAAGGAGAAGUACACGCUCGCCGGACAGAGCCAAGUGUUCACCUUUUACGACUCGCUCUCGAGCGCCGAGAAGGCUGCACUAUACCAGCAACUGAGCCAGUUCGACCCCACGUACAUCAACACCAUCGCCGCCAAAGCACUUGCCCCACCCCAAGCCCAGGAUGCCGCGCCGUCUCUCGAGCCGCUGCCGGACUCGGCCCGCGCGAGCAUCAUGGACUCGGCGCCCGCCGACAUUGACCGCUGGUACUCGCAGGGUCUCGACCUGAUCGCAGCCAACAAGGUCGCCGUCGUGCUCAUGGCGGGCGGCCAGGGCACCCGGUUGGGCAGCUCCGAGCCCAAGGGCUGCUUCGACAUCGGUCUGCCAUCCGCCAAGUCCCUGUUCCAGAUCCAGGCCGAGCGCAUCCGCAAAGUCGAACAGCUUGCCGCCAAGAAGGCCGGCACCGGCGCCGGGGUCACGGUCCCCUGGUACGUCAUGACGUCCGGGCCGACUCGCGGCCCUACCGAGCGGUUCUUCAAGGAGCACAACUACUUUGGCCUCAAGCCCGAGAACGUCUUCAUCUUCGAGCAGGGCGUCCUCCCUUGCAUCUCCAACGACGGCAAGAUCCUGCUCGAGAGCAAGGCCAAGGUGGCGGUUGCGCCCGACGGCAACGGCGGGCUCUACAACGCCCUCGUCGAGGCCAAGGUGCUGGACGACAUGAAGAGGCGCGGCAUCGAGCACAUCCACGCCUACUGCGUGGACAACUGCCUCGUCAAGGUGGCCGAUCCCGUCUUCAUCGGCUUCUCGGCCUCUGCGGACGUCGACAUCGCCACCAAGGUCGUGCGCAAGCGCAACGCGACCGAGAGCGUCGGCCUGAUCGUCAGCAAGAACGGCCGGCCAGACGUGGUCGAGUAUAGCGAGAUCGACCCGCAGAUCGCCGCCGAGGAGGACCCCCAGCAGCCCGGCGUGCUCAAGUUCCGCGCCGCCAACAUUGUCAACCACUACUACUCGUUCCGCUUCCUCGAGAGCAUCCCCACCUGGGUCAAGACGCUGCCGCACCACGUCGCCCGCAAGAAGAUCCCCUACGCCGAUCUCGAGUCGGGCGAGACGAUCAAGCCGGCCAAGCCCAACGGCAUCAAGCUGGAGCAGUUCGUGUUUGACGUCUUCCCCAAGCUGGAGCUGAGCAAGUUCGCCUGCCUGGAGGUCCGCCGCGAGGACGAGUUCAGCCCGCUCAAGAACGCCCGCGGCACCGGCGAGGACGACCCGGACACCAGCAAGCACGACAUCAUGGCCCAGGGCAAGCGCUGGCUGCAGGCGGCGGGCGCUACCGUGGUCAGCGAGGACCCGAACGCGGGCGUCGAAGUGAGCCCGUUGUUGAGCUACGGCGGCGAAGGUCUCGAGAGCGUUACUGGCAAGACCAUCACGGCGCCUACACUCUUGGAAUGAAAAUAGUAGUAUGCCGACGGCGACAAGGGCGCUGGCGCGGGUGCCGGGCCCCUUUUCUUGUUGCUCAAGCAUCCCCGAAUAUCCAAAAAAAAUAAUUACUCGUGAUAAGGAAAGAAAGAACUAUAAAAGUUUACGGGCUAGAAUCAGCCAGGGCAUGAUUGAUGUACUUGGCCUAGUGCUUGCUUUGCUAUCAGUGUCAAUUCGACAUCAUCCCGUCCCACUCUCUACCGGUCCGCCUGAGAUGACAUCCUU